AUGUCGGGAGGAGGACCAAGCAUAUUGCUAACGACGUCGUUGGACCCCGCUUACCCUGAGGAGAACAUGCUGUUAAGGGUCACUUUACUUGUAAAGAGAUUAUCGAGAUGUAGUUGCAGCAUUCUAUUUCUAUGUAUUCACCUACCUCGGUCUUCGGUCACGAUCUAUUCUUGCCCUCAAAGUCUACUGAGAGAAUAAACAGCCGUUGGUGUCGAUGAUUGUAGAGCAAAGACACUUCAGAAGGUCCCUAAAUGAUGCUGACCUUUAGCUACUUCGUUGUACAGCACCAGAAGUUUCGUGAUUUCUUGAUAAAGGGGAGCGAGGACCGAGCACGAGCUCAUCUACUUCAGAAGGCGUAGCAUCUCAUUUUCUACACUUCAACUACAAAGCUGUACCCGCUCUAAUUUUCGAUCCCAACGAAAAAACGUUUUGGCUAUCGACUGGCAUGUUCCCACAAGAAAUUUUGAUGCAGAUAGUUAUGGGACUGACACUGCCCAGGAGAACCACUGCAUUCAAACGUCGACAUUGGCUAGAGCGACGCCGUAUCUAAUUCCUCCUCAAGUGCUGGACGACACAUGACGAUUAAUACGAUUAAUACCUAUUCAUCUGUUAUCCUCAUCUAGUAUCAAUUAUAAGCAUGUGUGUUUAUGAUGGUCCGUUAAUAUCCUCAUCUAAAAUCGUAGAAGCAACUGAAAAACAAGAAGAAAAAGGAAGAAAUAACUAUAAAUUAGAAGAAUAGCGUUCUAGCCUCUCUCCUUCAAUUCUCUCUCCUUCAUUCAAGGUAAAAAGUCGCUUAAGCGCCAAAAAAUGAUACCUCCAGAACAGGUAAAUGAAUGAAUCUAGUAUCAAUAAGCUGCAUGUGUGAUGGUCCGUUAUCCUCAUCUUAAGAUUGAAGCAUAUGCUGUCGGAGGUCCUCUUUCGUGCCAUCUAAGAAAAGUGGGCACAGUAACGCUAUGGCGGGAAUAGGUGGGAGUAUCGUGAGAAUAGCAAGCACGGGAAUCCGAGAGCUGCGGCUCGAAGUGUCAAAGUUAAGAGUUGUAAGAUAGUACACAGUUGUAAUCAUUUAGGAACUUGAACAUAACAAAACCUUUACAUCUCUUUUUUCAAUCGGUAUUUCUUCCUUUCUUAUCUAGCGCUCUACCACAUAUUAAAUCUUCAAGUAUUUCAUGGAUCCUCUUGGUGCACCUUUUUACCUAGAAGACACUUCUUCAUGAUCUUUCUAAUCACAGACGAAACGGAGUACCCUGUCAAUUUCGCGACGCAAGAUACGCUCAGAUUGGACAACACCGCGGGUUCCAGGUACAUUUCACAAAAGUAGAAAUAGAAACAAGAAGAAGCAGGUGGUGGCUCACGCCGAUCCUGACAUUGUUGUUGAGAAGGAGAAGUGUACUCACGACAAAGUUAUCCUCCUUGUUUUUGACCAUCAUAAGGCAUCCUCCCCUUGCUUUUGACCAUCAUGAGGCAUCCUCCCCUUGCUUUUGACCAUCAUAAGGCAUCCUCCCCUUGUUUUUGACCAUCAUAAGGCAUCCUCCCCUUGUUUUUGACCCCUCUAAAGCUACAGCAGUCCGACAGGUUAGCGCAUGAUACUGCAUGACCACUCCUCCAACAGGUUACAGCAUACGGAGUUGCAGGUGCCACAAGCGCGGUUUUUGAAGUUAGUGAUCCUAAGCGGCUACUCGGAGUUUCCUUCCGUUCACAAACUCGAAGUGUCGUAGCGAAAUGGAGUGUAAUGCUAGUAAUGAGGCAGAAGUGUAAUAGUAAUAAGGCCGUCCACCUUCUAGAAGCCAGGAGCUAUUCCACCUUUUUUGCUGUCGAACGUCAGAGCAUCGAACAUGAGAGCAUCUUCGAUGCUGAAGUAGAUUGACUACAACUACUUUGGCUUUGCCUAGGCCUAGCAUUCAUCAACAAGAUACAACACGUAUAACUACGACCUAGUUGUUGCUUCGUUGCAUCGUAAAUAACACAUUUCGAGAUCCAUGGCCUUGAUCGUGUUCGAACUGC